AUGAGCCUAAUCCUGAAAAAUUCUCUAUUAAGACUUGGAUAUCCAAAUUUGCUACGAGUAUUACCUACUAGAUAUAAAAGAUUUAAUGCUAAUCUGAGUUUCAAAAGAAAUAUUUCAGACUUUAAUAUGUCCAGAUUAUCAAAUGGAAUGAGAGUUGCAACCAUGAAAUUUGGAAUCGACAGUAUUCCAAAUUCUCUGACUUUUGGAUUAUGGGUGGAUUCUGGAAGUAGGGAUGAAAAACCAGGUAAAAAUGGGAUUGCUCACUUUUUGGAACAUUUAAUCUUUAAAGGUACAUAUAAUAGAUCUAGAAAAGAAAUUGAAAGUGAGAUUGAAGAUAUGGGUGCUCAUUUAAAUGCUUAUACUACUCGGGAACAAACCGUUUACCAAAUAAGAUGCUUUAAUCAAGAUUUACCAAGGUGUAUGAAUCUUUUGGGUGACAUUAUUAACAAUUCCAAAUUUUGUAAAUCUGCUAUUGAGCAGGAAAAGGAGGUUGUCUUAAGGGAAAUGGAAGAAGUGAGUAAAUCUGAGGAGGAACUUAUUUUUGAUGAUUUGCACAGAGAAAUCUAUAAAAACCAUCCACUUGGAAAUACUAUUCUUGGCCCAAAAGAAAAUAUUCUUAAAUUUAAAAGAGAAGAUUUGCUUAAUUAUAUUCGUACCAAUUAUAAUCCAGAAAAGAUGAUGAUUUUAGGAGUUGGUAAUAUUGACCAUAGUUCUUUUAAGAAUAUUGCUGAGACUUAUUUUGGAAAUAUUUCGAAUAAUAACAGAAAUUCAAUAAACCAAAAAAGUGUUAAUACUGAAACUUCAUCUUAUUACCAAGAUCUGAAUAACAACCAAUCUGUUAAGAAACCAAUAUUGGUACACAGAAAAACCAAUAUUGAUGGUAAAACUCUUCUUGCUAUGGCAUAUAAUGGUGUAUCUUGGAAAUCUAAGGAUCUUUUUAAGAUUAUGUUUCUCCAAAGUAUGCUUGGGGAAUAUGGAACGAAUAAUAUCAAUAGAGUAACUGGCUAUAAAAACCAAAUUCUUGAAAGAAUUCUUUCUGGUAUUAAAGACCACGUUGAAUUUUUUGAAACUUUCAAUACAUGCUACAAAGAUACAGGCUUAUUUGGAUGGUACCUUAAAAGCAAUAAUGAUCUCAGUCACAAAGAAAUUUUAGAAAAUGCCAAAUUAAUUAGCUCUAGGUUUAAGAACCUCCAUUCAUUGAUUACUGAAGAUGACAUUAUAAGAGUUAAAAGAAUCCUUUCUUAUCAAUUAGCUUCAUUAUAUGAAAAUUCUGGAACACUAUUUGAAGAAAUUGGUAGAGAUUUAAUUGUAAACAACCAUUAUACCAGUAUUGAUGAUAAGCUUGAACAAAUACAAAAAAUUGAUCUUGAAGGUAUUAGAGAAAUUAUUCACAAAUAUUUUCAUUUUGAUCUUUUAGGGUAA